AUGGGAAUCAAAUUCCUUGAAGUCAUAAAGCCGUUUUGCAGUAUAUUACCAGAAAUAGCAAAACCUGAGAGAAAGAUCCAAUUCCGAGAAAAAGUUUUAUGGACUGCAAUAACUCUAUUUAUUUUCUUAGUAUGCUGCCAGAUUCCAUUAUUUGGUAUAAUGUCUUCAGACAGCGCAGAUCCCUUUUACUGGAUCCGUGUGAUCCUAGCUUCAAACAGAGGAACACUCAUGGAACUCGGUAUUUCACCAAUUGUAACAUCAGGCCUGAUUAUGCAACUGUUAGCUGGUGCAAAGAUUAUUGAAGUUGGUGACACUCCAAAAGAUAGAGCACUGUUUAAUGGUGCACAAAAAUUGUUUGGUAUGGUAAUUACCGUUGGUCAAGCAAUUGUGUAUGUAAUGACUGGCAUGUACGGAGAGCCAAGCGAGAUUGGCGCUGGAGUCUGUUUGCUCAUCAUCAUACAGUUGUUUGUAGCGGGCCUGAUUGUUUUAUUGCUGGAUGAACUUUUACAGAAAGGAUAUGGUCUUGGAUCUGGUAUAUCUCUGUUCAUUGCCACAAACAUCUGUGAAACUAUUGUCUGGAAGGCUUUCUCACCUGCUACCGUAAACACUGGCCGAGGUACAGAAUUCGAAGGUGCUGUGAUAGCCCUAUUCCACCUGUUGGCAACUCGUCCCGACAAAGUUCGAGCUCUGCGCGAAGCCUUCUACCGUCAGAACCUGCCCAACCUCAUGAACCUACUGGCUACUGUCCUUGUAUUUGCUAUUGUCAUAUACUUCCAGGGCUUCAGAGUGGACCUGCCAAUUAAGUCGGCGCGCUACCGAGGCCAGUACUCAUCGUACCCUAUCAAGCUGUUCUACACUUCCAACAUACCUAUCAUCCUGCAGUCUGCACUGGUUUCCAAUCUCUAUGUUAUUUCACAGAUGUUGGCUGUUAAGUUCAGUGGUAACUUCUUAGUAAAUCUUCUCGGAGUAUGGGCUGAUGUUGGAGGCGGUGGCCCUGCCAGAGCGUACCCAGUCGGUGGACUCUGCUACUACUUCAGUCCUCCAGAAUCCUUGGCGCACAUUGCUCAAGAUCCACUUCAUGCUGUUUUAUACAUAAUCUUUAUGCUAGGAUCCUGUGCCUUCUUCUCAAAGACAUGGAUUGAUGUUUCUGGCUCAUCUGCUAAGGAUGUGGCGAAACAGUUGAAAGAACAGCAAAUGGUAAUGCGGGGCCACAGAGAUAACUCGAUGAUUCACGAACUCAACCGAUACAUCCCCACGGCCGCGGCCUUCGGUGGUCUUUGUAUUGGAGCUCUCUCAGUGUUGGCGGAUUUCCUUGGAGCCAUUGGCUCAGGCACUGGAAUCCUUCUCGCCGUCACCAUUAUUUACCAAUACUUCGAGAUCUUUGUUAAAGAACAAGCGGAGAUGGGCGGCAUGAGCACACUACUCUUCUAA